AUCAGAAAAAAAGUAAAGUGGUAAAUUGUAGUGACGCCAUUUUGCUCCAGUGUAAGAAUAGCGGCUUUUUUGAUUAUUUAUACUAUUGAAUUUUGAAAUUUGUUUACGGUUGAAAAAAAAAAGCGAUGUCUGAAUAUCAGGCUGAUGCAUUGAAUUCAGUAAAACUAGAACUACAAGGAGAAAACGACUCCUUACGCCGUCCUUUUGAUCCAACAGCUCAUGAUUUGGAGCCUACAUUUCGUUUAACAAGAUUUGCUGAUUUAAAAGGUCGUGGAUGUAAAGUGCCACAAGAAGUUCUUGGUAAGCUUGUUUCAUCCUUGCAACAGGAUUACACGAACCAGGAUGAUAAUCAGUAUAUGCACUUGGCGAUUCCGCGGAUCGGCAUUGGGUUAGAUUGUUCCGUGACGCCGUUAAGACAUGGUGGUUUGUGUUUAGUUCAAACAACGGAUUUUUUUUAUCCAAUUGUUGAUGAUCCAUAUAUGAUGGGUAAAAUUGCUUGUGCAAAUGUCUUAAGUGAUCUUUAUGCGAUGGGCGUGACUGAUUGCGACAAUAUGUUAAUGUUACUGGCUAUAAGUACGAAAAUGACGGAGAAGGAACGCGAUGUUGUUGUUCCAUUAAUGAUGAGAGGUUUUAAGGACUCUGCUGUAGAAGCUGGGACAUCUGUAACUGGGGGUCAAAGUGUUGUUAACCCUUGGUGCACAAUUGGAGGGGUAGCAUCGACUAUUUGUCAACCAAAUGAAUAUAUCGUUCCGGACAAUGCUGUUGUUGGAGAUGUUUUAGUUUUGACAAAACCAUUGGGCACUCAAGUUGCUGUAAGUGCACAUCAGUGGCUAGAUCAACCAGAAAGGUGGAAUAGAAUCAAAUUAGUUGUUUCAGAAGAAGAUGUACGGAAAGCAUAUCAUCGUUCUAUGGACUCUAUGGCACGAUUAAACAGAGUGGCUGCUCGUUUGAUGCAUAAAUAUAAUGCCCACGGUUCAACAGAUAUAACAGGUUUCGGCCUCUUGGGGCAUGCUCAAACUUUAGCAUCACAUCAAAAGAAGGAAGUUUCUUUCGUUAUUCACAAUUUACCUGUUAUUGCUAAAAUGGCAGCAGUUGCAAAAGCUUGCGGAAAUAUGUUCCAAUUACUUCAAGGUCAUUCCGCUGAAACAUCUGGUGGUUUAUUAAUCUGUUUACCAAGGGAGCAAGCCGCUGCAUAUUGUAAAGACAUAGAAAAGCAAGAAGGAUACCAAGCUUGGAUUAUAGGUAUUGUUGAAAAAGGAAAUCGUACUGCAAGAAUAAUUGAUAAACCUCGUGUGAUAGAGGUCCCUGCAAAAGAUUAAGUUGUAUGCCCAAAAUAUAAAAAGAAAAACAAGCAUUUUAACAACUUUAUUGUGUUGUUGUGAUGAUUUCAAUAAAUAUAAAAUUUACUUUUCGAUCUAAA